AUGACUUUACGAAUGUUUCAAUCUGCCAUCUCGUCAUACAUGUUCCCUCGCGUGCUUCAGUCCUCGGAAUCUCUAUCCUCCGCUGCAGGACGGUGGUCGCGGUCUCUACAGAGUUCUCCAAUCCUCCCCCAUCGACUGCCGAGACCUGCAGCCCUAUCAUUGAGCCUUCCCGGCAUCAUUUCCGGCAUCUGGGAUUCCGUCCUGCGUGCUGUACCCAAAAAGAAGACAUCCCACAUGAAAAAGCGUCAUAGGCAGAUGGCUGGCAAGGCUUUAAAAGACCUGAAAAACCUCAACACUUGUUCUGGAUGCGGUCGAAUGAAGCGUGCUCAUGUUUUAUGCCCACACUGCGUUGAAGACAUUAAGAAGCAGUGGAAACACACCCAGACGGCAUGA